AUGCCCACCUCCGUCGAUUCAUCUCGUCCCAUCAUGGCUCCCUCGGUGCGUACCUCCGUGCGAUACAGUACCUUCAGCAUGACACCAUCAUUCGCCAACACCGUCCAGACCACCGACUCGGCCCACGCCGAAAUCACCGACAUCGCUGUCGGCCUCGACCGUAUGGAGAACAAGGCCUUGAGCUCCCAAAGAGUUACUCUGAGCGAGGAGAAGAGCGCCAACAUGAGCAAGCUGGCUCUCGGUGCCAAGCUGGAGCGUGCCCUGGACCGGAGGAUGAGCAGCCAGGACGCCGUCAUGCGUCCGCGUGGCAAGACGCUCAAAGAGAAACCUGCUCAGGCUGCGUAG